AUGAAUUCUGUAGCUUUCCAGCGUCUGGUGUUCGCAAUGUUACUACUCCUCAACAUUCCAUUUCUAAAAGCUCAAUCACCCACCAAAGGUACCUCAGUUUCAUCCAGAUUUCUUGAUUCAGUUCUUCAAGACUAUGCUUUCCGAUCUUUUUCCCGUCACCGGCAAAGGACCGGAGCUAUCUACGACGGCAUUGUGAGCCCUGAGUUCACUGGAAUCACGGUCUCCGCCCUCCGCCUGAGAAGUGGUCGGUUGAGAAGAAAAGGGUUUUAUGGUUACAAAGAGUUUGAUAUUCCCGGUGGAGUUAUCCAGAGUCCGUACGUCGAGAGGGUGGUUUUGGUGUAUCAGAAUUUGGGUAACUGGUCGUCGGUUUACUACCCUUUACCGGGGUAUUUGUUUCUGUCGCCGGUGGUGGGUUUAUUGGUUUAUAAUGCAUCGCAUCUGACGGCGAAAAGGUUGCCGGAGCUAGAUCUUCGGGCAUCGGAGAAUCCCAUUUUGAUAAAGUUUGAAUCUUUGGGGCUUUUGGCAGAUGGGGUUUUGCGGAAAUGUGUGUUUUUCGAUUUAUUUGGUGGGGUUGAGUUUGAUCGUGUGUUAAAUGGGAGUGUUUGUUCGAGUGUAAAACAAGGGCAUUUUGGUAUAGUUGUUAAGGAGAGCGUUCCGUCACCGGCACCGGCGCCGUCGAAGACGCCGGAGAAUCCAAUUGCUGUUGGCGGGGGCGGUGGUGCUGGAGGAGGGAGAUGGAACAAUGAAUGGUGGAUUGGUGGGGUGGUGGCAGGUGUGGUUUUGGUGGUGGUGGUCUUUGGAGGGUCGUGGGCGGUGAGAGGUUUUAGGCAGCGGAGAAGGAUUGAAAAAAUGGAAUAUGAGGCUGAGGGCGGUGGUCCUUUGGCGGUGGCCGCCGUGGGGAGUGCUUUGGUGCCGGUGGCUAUGGGGACUCGGACGAGACCAGUUCUCGAGAACGAAUAUGUAAGUUAG